AUGGUGGUUUUUAUUCUUGAGUUAAUCACAAACUUGUGUUCAUUUUUUGUUGUGAAAAUUAAUUUUACUGUAAAGCAAAAGGUUAAAGAUUUUAAGAAAUUUAACACUCCGUUCAAACGAUCAAAAGCUACUCCUGUAGCAUCCCUAGCGAAUCCGCCAUUUAUGCGGAAAAAUAUGUUGGAGAAUUUGGAUGACAUUGUCUUGGUAGAAUCUGAGUCUGAGAAUGUCGUGGAAAAAGUGAACAUAUUGGGUGAUGAAAUUGUAGCAACAGAUGAUGUGCCUUUGCGAGUGCCCGAGGUUGGAAUGAAGUUCAAUGAUGAAAAUGAAUUGUUUGACUACUACAAAAAAUUUGCGUAUGCCGAAGGUUUUCCAUUCAGGAAAAGAAAUUCCAAAAAGGAUGACGAUGGUAUUGUGAGAUAUGUGACAUUGACUUGUAGUCGUGAAGGAAAAAGAAGUAGUACUACAAUUGGUUCUUUGAAACCGCAACCAACCAUUCAGACAGGUUGUAAGGCGAGGUUGACUGCAUCUAUGGACAGUCGCGGAAUAUGGAGAAUAAACAUAGUAAAUUUGGAGCAUAAUCAUAAAACAAGUCCAUCCAAGUCGAGACUAUAUCGAUGUAAUCGAGAGUUGAGCGCUCAUGUUAAACGGCGGCUACAAGUUAAUGAUAUGGCAGGAAUUCCAUUACAUAAAAGUUUCAACUCUGCAGUAGUCGAAGCAGGUGGAUACGAAAAUAUGGCGUGCAUGGAAAAGGAUUGUCGAAACUAUAUUGAGCAAGUUCGGCGUCUGAGACUUCGAGAAGGGGAUGCUGUAGCAAUACAAUCAUACUUUUCGAAAAUGCAAGCCACUUGCGCCCCGUUUUACUUCAGUAUGGAUUUGGACGAAGAUUCGAGGCUAAAGAAUGUGUUUUGGGCAGAUAAUAGGAGUAGGCAGGCGUAUAAAGAAUUUGGUGAUGUCGUCACAUUCGAUACCACAUACCUCACCAAUAAGUAUGACAUGCCGUUUGCUCCUUUUGUUGGAAUUAAUCAUCACGGACAAUCUACUCUGCUUGGAUGUGGGCUGGUCUCGAAUGAGGAUACAGAUACAUUCGUCUGGCUAUUUAGGACAUGGCUGCAGUGUAUGCAUGGAAAAGCUCCCCAGGGUAUAAUUACUGAUCAAGACAAGGCAAUGCAGAAUGCAAUUGCAAUUGUGUUCCCCGAUACGAAACAUAGAUGGUGUUUGUGGCAUAUAUUGAAAAAGUUACCGGAGAAGUUUGGAUAUCACGUGGACAAGGGUUCAAUAUUUCAUGCUAUACACGGUUUGGUUUACGAUUCACAAUUUGUUGAAGAAUUUGAAGAUGGCUGGAGGGUAAUGAUUGGUACAUAUGAUUUGUAUGAUAAUGCAUGGUUGUCCGGACUGUACGAUAACAGAUGUCGAUGGGUUCCAAGAGUAUCGUUAAGUUUAAAGGCACAAUUAGUCUUUGCUGAACCAAAAUUUCCUUGCUACUUCAUUUUUGGUGACUCGUUAGUGGAUAAUGGAAAUAAUAAUAAUUUGAAUACCAGUGCAAAUUUCAAUUAUUUGCCUUACGGAAUUGAUUUUCCACAAGGGCCGACUGGGAGAUUCACUAAUGGCAAGAAUAUAGCAGAUUUGAUAGGUUACUCUUCUCAUUUUCCUUUACUUACAUCAUGUUUUCUAUGA